AUGUCUGAUCCACAGCGUCUUAUACAACAAGCGCAAAAAAAGGCGCAACCGUCUUCAGGAUUCAUGAAGCUCUUCGGAGCGUCCGACUCAUACCGUUACGAGGAAGCCGCUGACCUCUAUGUUGAGGCAGCAAACCUGUAUCGACUGCGCAAAGAGCUGGACACGGCAGGCGCGACGUUUUUGGAUGCAGCGGAGUGCCAACAGAAAGCUGGUAAUGACGACGAGGCAGGUAACACGUUUGUCGAAGCAUUCAAAGCGUUCAAAUCGGGCUCUUCGCCUUUUAAGGCAGCACAAGCCUUGAGCAAAGCCAUAGAGAUCUUCACGAGGCGCGGCCAGUUCCGUCGGGGUGCCAACUUCAAAUUUGAGCUUGCUGAAAUCUUGGAAUCCGAUCUGCAGGAUUACCCCGGAGCCAUGGAGGCCUAUGAGACAGCAGCUGACUGGUACGCGCAGGACCAAGCACUGGCACUCGCCAACAAGUCGUAUCUGAAAUGCGCGGAUUUGAAGGCGCUCGACGCCAAAUACAUCGACGCCUGCGACAUCUACCGCAAAGUCAUACAGAACUCGUUGGGCAACAGACUGAGCCAGUGGUCGAUCAAAGAGUACUAUCUCAAGCUCGUCUUGUGCUACAUGGCUGCCGAUGACCAGGUCGCGGCGCAGAAAAGUCUUAAUGAGGCGGUCAGUGAAGAUUCCAAUUUUGCGAGCUCAAGAGAGCACGAGUUGUUGACCGCACUGAUUGAAUGCUACUCUGCAGGCGAUGUUGAGCAUUUUAGCGCCAAGGUAUAUGAGUUCGACCGCUACUCAAAGCUGGACAAAUGGAAAACUACGGUCCUUCUAAAAAUAAAAGACUCCAUGGCUUCUGCUGACGACGAUCUCCUCUAG